AUGAAGCUCUCUACCAUCGCGGUAGCCGCUCUCGCGGCCGCCCCUAUCUCCGAGGUUGCUGCUCACCCAGGAAUGGGAGACACCAUCCGUGAGAUCAAGCGCAUCGCUGCUCGCACCACAUGGGGCAGCAGCAACACUCAGAACAACAAAUGGGGUAGUUCUGGCAGCUCGAGCAAUGGCGGCAGCAGCUGGCCUGGUCAGAGCCAGAACAACGGCGGCCAGAACAGCUGGCCCAGCAGUGGCAGCAGCAGCAGCGGUAGCAGCCAGUCUGGCAACGGCUGGUCCGGCGAUAGCUUCAACCCCAACCAGCUCCUCGGCGAUCUCCGCACUCUCAGCGACAGCUCCCUCACCCGCGUCGGCAGCGACAUCAAGAAGAUCCUCCAGGGCAGCGGCAACCCCGAGAGCCGGGACCGCUACCUUGGAGUUCCUCCCAUGAACACACCUCGCUGCAAGCGAGACACUUGCUGUGUGUGGAAGUACAUCUCUGAUGAGCUGCACACACUCUUCCAGGGUGACUCUGGUCGUUGCAGCAAGUGGGCUCGCUAUGCUGUCCGCAUGGGCUUCCACGAUGCCGGCACAUGGUCCACCAAGACCGCAGCCCAGGGCGGUGGUGCUGAUGGUUCCAUCAUCCUGGCUGGUGAGCUCAGCCGUGGUGAGAACCUCGGUCUCCAGGACAUGGGCAAGAAGUACCAGGAGGUGUACACAAAGUACCACGACAAACUCGGCUUCGACCAGGUCACCUACGCCGACCUCAUCCAGAUGGGAGCCAACAUCGCCGCCGUGACAUGCCCCCUCGGUCCCCGCGUGCGCUCCUUUGUCGGUCGUCAGGACAGCAAGAAGGCCAACCCCAACAACCUCCUCCCCAACGUCAACGGCAACGCUCUAUACCUGAUCAACCUCUUCAAGGACAAGACCAUCGGCCCAGAUGAUCUGGUCGCCCUCAUCGGCGCCCACACAACCUCUCAGCAGAACCAUGUCAACACCGACCGUGCUGGUGAUCCCCAGGACAGCACCCCCGGUGUGUGGGAUGUCCUCUUCUACAAGGAGACCAUAGGAAACGCUCCCGACCGCGUCUACAAGUUCCAGAGUGACAUUGCCCUCUCUAAGCACCCCCUGACCCAGCCCGCCUUUGAAGCCUUUGCCGGUGGAAACGGAGCCCAGCGUGCCUGGAACGUGGAUUACGCCCGCGCCUACGUUCGCCUCAGCCUUCUGGGCGUCAACAACAUCAACGACCUCACAGAGUGCACCAAGGUUCUGCCUCAGCCCAUCGACGGCUACAAGCACCGUGACGGCAGCCGGUUCAGCAAGUGGCUCAAGAGCGACGACAACUCGUGGGACUCGAAGAAGAUCUCUCAAGAGGUUGAGAACGGUUACACCAUCUCGACGCCCGACAACAAGAUCCCUACCAAGCGUGGACCCUGGCGCAAGUGGUGGUGA